AGACUGUGAGUGCAGGAAAAUGGCAGAGGCCAGUAUUUCAGUAGAUCAGGACCAGUUCAUCUGUCCAGUCUGUCUGGAUCUGCUGAAGGAUCCAGUGACUAUUCACUGUGGACACAGUUUCUGUGUGAUGUGUAUUAAUGGCUGCUGGGAUCAGGAGGAUCAGAGGGGGGUCUACAGCUGCCCCCAGUGCAGGGAGACCUUCAUUCCGAGGCCUGUUCUACGCAGAAACAACAUGCUGGCUGAAGUGGUGGAGAAAGUGAAGAAGACAGAACUCCACACUGCUCCUCCUGCUCACUGUUACGCUGGACCUGGAGAUGUGGAGUGUGAUUUCUGCACUGGGAGGAAACGCAAAGCCAUCAAGUCCUGUUUCAUGUGUGUAGUGUCUCUUUGUGAAACUCAUCUUAAACCUCAUCUGGAAAUUCCAGCCUUGAUCAAACACAAGCUGGUCAAAGUCUCCACACGACUGCAGGAGAAGAUCUGCUCUCAACAUGACAAACUGAUCGAGAUCUACUGCCGUACUGACCAAAGCUGCAUCUGUUAUUUGUGCAUGAUGCAUGAACAUAAAGGCCACGAUACAGUUGAAGCUGCAGCAGAGAGAAGAAAGAAACAGGUAAGAAAUUGAAUAUUUUAAAAUCAAUUGAUAGUAAUCCAGUUUUACUAGAGUAAGUGGUAAUAAUCAAAGACGCUUUAAAUGUGUUUCAGUUGUUUAAUUCGCAGGAAUGCUUUUGAAAUGGCUG